UUAAUGGACGCCUGUGUGGUGCUAACUGUAUGUGUGUAUCAAAUGGACGCUGUGCGUUACAGUCACACUGUUCUUCUACUCAUCGUUUCUGCAUGUUUCUCCUAGGAUCUUCACCAUGUUCGGCCAACAAUGAAUCUCGUAUUAUAUUUUAUAUCUAAUAUCGUAUGAUCUAAAUUUCUAUAACUGUAUAACUAUAACUGCAUGUGUAUGUCCUCUCCAGUUCUCCGACGUGAUGGGUUUGAGGAGCCCUCACCCCUGUUUAAGUGUCUAGUGGCAGAACUUGAAGAGAAAGAUCGAGAAGAUGGAGGCCCUGCCAUCGUGGGGUUCGCACUCUCCUCCUUUAUAUACAGCACAUGGAAGGGUCGGGCACUGUACCUGGACGAUCUAUACGUCAUGCCAGCCUUUAGAGGUACAGGGAUUGGCUCAACGCUCUUUGUUGCGGUUGCCAAGUCCUGCAUGGAUCUUGGCUGUUACCACCUGCAGUUGUCAUGCUUCGAUUGGAAUAGUCCAGCCAUCUCUUUCUACAUGUCUCGAGGGGCUCUCAAUCUAUCUAAGGAAGAGGGAUUGCUUAUGUUCCGAUUCCCACCGGAUGCCCUGCGACGAAUCACUACAGACCCCGCAGUCCAAGGCCUGGAUUCUGCCAAACCAUGAAUCUUUCACCAUUUCCACAGCAAUGAAAUAGCUUUAUGAAGCCUGCGCUUGUGUGAAUCUGGCCAAUCACAAUCUGACUUUAGCAGGUGCUGUAGAAAUAUAAUGUAGAGGAAUACAGCGUGACCAACUACGUCCUCCUUGGUGAGAUGCUACCAGCUGUCCUACUGCAUUCUGAGCCGUGUUAUAGUGUUACAAUAAAAUUACUUUGACCAAGCAUU